AUGUUUGUAACAACGGUUCAGAUCGUCGAUCGAUUGGCUAGACUAGAUAACGAAUACUGGAUAGAUCUGUGGGCGACCGCGUUUGAAAAAUGUGCCUGGCCGGAGCCGUACUCCGGCACUGUUCAGGGUGAGGAUUUAGGCAAAAGGCACAGUCAGUGCCUGGUUGUCCUCCAGUCCGCCUGA